UAUUGCAAUGGCUGAUUUGUUAGCACGGCUAAUCGUGAUGUUGGUGUGUAGUCAUUGAGUCUCACGUUCGCGUUAAUAGACGUAUGAACGGCUUGCAUCUACGGAAAAAAAUUGAAUCUGGUUCAACUUUUUCGCGCAGACAAGCUACCCACACAUUUCCUCUAUUGCACUUUACCCACGUAAAGUCGUUAAAAUUCAGUUUCCUCAACGCGUACAAAAUAACGUCAAAGUAAUAAGUCCCGCCUAAUGCACCUACCUGUCACCCAAUUUUUUGCGUUUGAAUUUGAUUGCGUUUGAUUGUAAAAAUAAAAGGAACCAUGAAUUGACCAGAGUCGCCUGAUAUGCCGCCGAGGCGUGCCAAAAAGGUGCGAUUAGGUAUAAAUAUCAGUCAAGUCCGUUACCUUACCGGGUAGCACUCUUUGUUUUAUUUGUGUUUGAAUUUUUUAGUUACCGAAUUUCAUUUGUUUGUGUUUUAUUAGUAUGUUAGUCGUGUCUUUGAUUUUGAUUUGAAUUUAGUAUAUUUACAAUAACCACAGUAAGCUAAACCCUACUUAGUGAAGGUGAUAAUGGAUCUGUUUUACUGUGAGGGGCCCUGAUGGACUGGAUCAAACUCAGUGGUCCAUAGUGAUACCCCGCUAUAAGUAAGACCUCGUUUUAGGUAGUUUUUACGUGGCUUGGGCAGAUUCAAUUUCAUCUCCGCGUGCCUAAAAUUAUAUCUAUAUCAGCACACCUUUUGUUGCUUUUAUGUAUGAUUAUAGUUUUUGAGUUUUAUACUUUUUUAUCAUUCGUUAGAUUGUUACUUCAACUAAUAGUACGCUAGUUGUUGAAGUUUUAUAAUUAUUCCACUUUCAUAGAUAUCCACUGGACCCUUAGUUUUAAUGUAUAAUAUAUAUUAAUUUAUGCGUGAUCUAUGUAACGCACACUUCAGCCCGAGGUGCUUGUAUUUCUGAGAAACCGAAAGGUCAUCAUGGCGUAAACAUGGAGCACUUUGCGUUCGCUCUUCACCCUAACUUUACCCUAACGUUGGUACUUUGUUUAUGGAACCAGACAUGAUGCUGUUGCAAACUUUAUGUGCGAUAACCGUCCUGUUCAGCCUGCAAUCAUCAGGGUCUAUUCAAUGGCCAGCUGGAACAUACGGAAUACCCAAACCUACAGCCGGGUGUCCUCAGGCUGAUGGCUUUCGUUGGCAUACGGGAUGGAUGCUUCAGCGUGAUGAUUACCAUUAUCAAAAUAAUGGUUCAGAAUCAAACAACUCAAGGUCACUGGAAUUCCACAUUGAUGGAAAAGUAGAUAUCUUCAGAGUCAAUAGAUCGUUCUGCAUGAAAGAAGACACAACAAAGGACUUCAAGUAUAAGCGACCAACGUGGCCACGAGAGAAAUACUGCAUUUAUAAAGGGAGCGACCGUUGUCGUAAAGGCUUGAUACUUGGAUGGGUCUUCUGGGCUGACAGCUAUAGUAACGAUGAAAAAGAUGGAUUUUUUCCUGAUGGCAGAUAUUCGCAGUACACAGAGAUUAACUUCUGUUGUAGAACAGAUGGAGAUAAAGACGAACCUAUCCCCCUUCCUUCUAAAUCUCCAUUUUUUUUGCUGGCUUACGAGUCAGCGAAAUGCCAGAUGGUUAAGUGGGCAGUAACUAGUCUGGAGUGGAUAUAUUAUUUUACACGUAACAAGGAGAACGACAAAAGAAAUGGCUCGUAUCCUUACAACGCUGGAAAAAUGCACCCCACCAUUUAUUACUGUUACUACCAGGGAUGUAACAACACGUUGACAGCUGUCAGUGGCACUCUUACGUCAAUAAACUAUCCAAAACAUUAUCCGAAUGGACAGUACUGCUCGUGGAAGGUCAUUGUCAACACGAUACAACAAAUACACUUAAAGUUUGAAAGCUUUAGUUUGCAAAUAGAGAGUUCUACUGACGAGCUACAUGUGUAUGAUGGAGAAGAUGAAACAGGGGAGGUGUUAGGAGUGUUUUACGGAGGUCACCCUCCUCCAAAGGAGGGAAUCUACUCUUCAUCAAGCCGAAUGUUUUUGAUAUUCAAAUCAGACAAGAAAAACUCAUACAAAGGCUUCAGCGCUUCUUAUGUUGUUGGUAGAAAACCGGCACAAACUCUUAAAGUGACGUCCUCGCCUAUUGUUUCUACCACGACUGCUAAAACAUCAACGUCAUCGUCCUCUACACAAGCUUCGGAGAUGGCGUCGUCGUCUUAUGUUAUUUCUAUGACUCCAGAAGUAACGUAUUUAUCUCCGAUUACUCCUACAACAGAUACGCUGAUAAAAACGACACCCAGAGGAAAACCUUGGACAUCGACAACUAAAGUGCCGCCGAAGAUAGGAUAUAACGAAACUCUAACUGCAGUCAAUGGCACUUUCCAGUCAACAAACUGUCCAAGAAAUUACUCGGAUGGACAGUACUGCUUCUGGAGAAUCGCGCUUACCACAGCGCAACAAAUCUACUUAAUAUUCUCAAGCUUUAGUUUGCAAAAUGAGAAUAACAGAGACGCGUUUUACAUGUACGAUGGACAGAAUGCGACAGGGGAGGCAUUGGAGGAGUUUAACGGAGGUCACCCUCCCCCAAAGGAAGGAAUCUGCAUCUCGUCAAACCGGGUAUUUGUUGUAUUCAAAUCAGACAAGGCGGGAUCUUUCCACGGCUUUAGUGUUUCAUAUUAUGGGGUUAGUAAUUCGGAGCCCUGUGCCAUCGCAGCCUCACAGGCGUCAAAGGAAAGUGGAAAGAAGGAUGAAAAAAAGCAGCCAAAGAGAAAAGUUUACAGGUUUAAAUGGGGUAGUUGUUGUUGUUCCCGUGGUGUCAGCAAUUCUUAUAGCUGCCCUGCUUGUAGCUGGAAUCUGUUAUAUGAGGAAAAGGAGGAAAAGAGUUGAAGGAACAGACGAUGAAAUUCAUUUAAGGUUAACCAGCGAACCAGCUGGGUCAGUUGAAAAUACAGAUUUAUGACAAGUAAGCAUCAAAG